UUUUUUUUCUUCUGUAUUCAGGUGAGAUUAUGCAGGGAGAAGAGUACUGGUAAUGUAUAUGCAAUGAAGAAAUUGAAAAAAUCUGAGAUGCUUAGAAGAGGACAGGUAGAGCAUGUUAAAGCUGAAAGGAAUCUUCUUGCAGAGGUUGAUAGUGCCUGUAUUGUUAAACUCUAUUGUUCUUUCCAAGAUGAUGAGUAUUUGUAUCUUAUAAUGGAGUAUCUUCCUGGAGGUGACAUGAUGACUUUGCUGAUGCGCAAGGACACCUUAACAGAAGAUGAGGCCAGGUUCUAUGUUGCGGAGACUGUAUUGGCCAUUGAAUCUAUACAUAAACACAAUUACAUACAUAGGGAUAUUAAACCAGAUAACUUAUUGUUAGAUCGAAAUGGCCAUAUGAAGCUGUCAGAUUUUGGUUUGUGCAAACCUUUGGAUAGUAGUAGCUUUCCAAACCUGACCGAGCCUGAUCAUGGAGUGGGUACCAAGGCUCCAUUAGAUGGUCAUAAGCAUUUGAGCACAUCUACUGCACCAAAGCGUACACAACAGGAGCAGUUAUUACAUUGGCAAAAGAAUAGACGGAUGCUGGCCUAUUCAACUGUGGGAACACCUGAUUACAUUGCACCUGAAGUUCUGCUGAAAAAAGGAUAUGGCAUGGAGUGUGAUUGGUGGUCUCUUGGUGCAAUUAUGUAUGAAAUGCUUGUUGGUUACCCACCAUUUUACUCCGAAGACCCAAUGUCUACCUGCAGGAAGGUAAUCAUGCAAUUUAAGUAGGAAUAUAGGCAAAUC